AUGGCAGCUGUAUGCUCUCCUCUUUACCCUUCAGCAUUUCUCUCUUCCUCCUCUUCUGUAAAAUGUAAACUUCCCAUCAAAAUUCAGACUGUAAAAAGAACUUCUGACCCACAUGUAACUCGAAUUGGACAUGACGGUUCUUAUAUAAAUCAUCUACAGAGAAGUGUUGUUUUGAGGUCAGAUCUAGACGAAGUUCCUGUUCUAGACCCAGGAAAACCAGCAAUCUCAUAUUCUCUGUGAAUGAGAAGCGCUGUUUCUGGCCUGAACAGAGGUCUUGCUGCUAGUGAAGAUGAUCAACUGUAGGCAGAUGAUGCUGCCAGGCCUGAAGCCGUAGGAGGACUGGUUGAUCUCUCAAAUGAUAUCAAUAAGCUGCAAGGGAGAUGGAAGCUUAUAUAUAGCAGUGCAUUCACCCUAGGUGGAAGUCGUCCUGGACCUCCCUCUGGAAGGCUGCUCCCCAUAAGUCUUGGACCAGGUGUAUUCCAACGAAUGGAUGACCUAGGCAAAGACUUCGAUAACAUCGUAGAGCUUGAAUUAGGAGCUCCAUGGCCCCUACAAUCUGUUGAAGUGACUGCCACAUUGACCCACUAAUUUGACCUAUGUUUUAGAUUUGAUCACUUGACAUCCAAUCUGACAAAAUGUGAGCCAAUUGGCUCCGAUGGAUAA